CAAAUCCAUCUACAAAUCUCCUGAUUUAGAGAAUAUUUUUAGAAUUGUGAUUUUUUUUUAGAACUUUUUUUCUCUUUACAAAUUAGGAAGAGAGGUUUAUAUAUUGAAAUUCUUUCCUUUAUUGUCUAGGAUAUACUAUAUAAAUAUCUGUUUAAUAAUUUCUCUUCUUGUCUUAUCCUUAAUUUCUCCUCCUCUCCUAAGAUAAUCACUAUCCUUUCAUCAAUCAUGGAUUCUAAUUCUGAUCAUCCCAAGUACAUGUCCUUAAGGCCCGAUCAAGGGGGAGUUCUCGAUCUGUUCCGCAUCCUCUACUCGCCUAAUCUCUCGGAGAAUCGAUUCUUCGAUCGCUCGGCGGGGGUAGAGAUCGUCGAGCGGUGGUGGCGAAGAAGAUUGGUCCUGGUUUUCACCCUCCUCCUGCAAAUAAUGCUUCUCACGUUCAGAAAGCCACUUGCUUGGCUCGGAGAUCGUAUUGAGCUGCUGCUGAACUUUGUGGCUCAAUACCCUGGCUUUGCCCCACUCUUGAUUAAUUUCAUCAAAGGUAAAAGGAUCCUUCCUGAGAGAAAUUCAUCAAAGUAUCGAUCAGCUGUAUGGUUUCUUGACCCCAGAGAUAAACUGGACUCGAGUAUCGAGCCGGGUGACGCUAAAUACCAUGCGGCACUGUCCAGCAUGGCUUCCAAACUGGCUUAUGAGAACGAGUCAUCCAUUAAAAGCGUAGUUACUGACGACUGGAAUAUGGAAUUUCUGGGAUUCUACGAUUGCUGGAAUGACUAUCAACGGCAAUUCAGCACGCAAGCGUUCAUGUUGGCGGACAGAGCCGACGAUCCCGAGCUCAUCGUGGUGGCGUUCCGCGGCACCAAUCCCUUCGAGGCCAUGGACUGGUACACCGACUUCGACGUGUCGUGGCACGAGCUCCCCGACGCCGGCAAGGUCCACGAAGGCUUCCUCAAGGGCUUGGGGCUACAGAGGAGCCCCCGCGCCCUGCCCAAAGAGGCCGAGGGAGGAGAGACUAAGCCAUACGCCUACUACGCCAUCCGGGACGAGCUGCGCCGACUCCUGCGGCGCAACGCGAAGGCCAAGUUCUUGGUGACCGGGCACAGCCUGGGCGGCGCGCUCGCCGUGCUCUUCCCCGCGGUCCUGGCGCACCACGGCGAGGAAGAGCUGCUGCGGAGGCUGGAGGGAGUGUACACGUUCGGGCAGCCGCGGGUAGGCGACGAGGUGUUCGGGGAGUUCGCCGGGAGGCAUUUGGAGGGGAGGUACUUCCGGUACGUCUACUCCAAUGACAUUGUCCCCAGAGUGCCCUUCGAUGACUCUGCUCUGUUGUUCAAGCACUUUGGGGCGUGCUUCUACUUCGACAGCCUCUACAGAGGGAAAUUGAUGGAGGAGGAACCGAACAAGAACUACUUCUCCCUGUGGGAGUUGCUGCCCAGGUACAUGAACGCGGUGUGGGAACUCGUUCGGAGCUUCUUGAUGGGGCGGUUGAAGGGGGCAGAGUACGAGGAAGGGUGGCUGUUGCGGUUUGUGAGGCUCUGCGGGAUACUUUUGCCUGGAGUUUCCUCGCACCUUCCUGGUAACUACGUCAACUGCGUGAGGUUGGCGAGUAAUUAAUUAGUCCACUUAAUUCUGCAUGCUGUCGACGGCCGGGUUUGGAAGCGACGAGCAAGAUCGGUAGCUGCUUAGACAAAAUUAAUGUGAUAAUCUUUAUAUAAGAUCAAAUUGUACUAUGCUAACAAAUAAUAUUAUUAAAAGUGCGAUCGGUCAUUAAUUUUAUUGUAGGUGUUAAC